AUGGCCUCAAUAUCUUCCUCAUCAUCGACAACAAAUCAAGAGCAAGAUGAGGAAAUUGACGGGAAGAAAGCCGAAGUGGCAAAGGUGGCAGAAUCCACCGAGACGACAACAUCAACAGAAUCAAAUAAAACGACGGCGCCGAGACGACAUCGUUAUACCCGAAGUUCAACGUCUAGUGUGACACAAUUGCUGUCCGAUAGCUGCAACAGUUUGCUGCAGAGAUUCCGCAGGAAUCCUAGUGAGCGACCCGAUAAGGGGUCUGCAGCAUCUAGUACAGCUUUACGUGAGUUAAGUCCAUCAAAGAGUGGUGAAUCUACUACAAUGGCCACAAAGGGAUCAAAGAGAGAAUAUGAAAAUGCAGAAUCAUCAGGGAAAUCAUCACUUUCUGCAUUAAAUCGUCUCAGUCGAUAUUCGAAAAAUUUAAGUCCCGUAUCAUCGUACUACAGGCCAUUGAUGAAGACCUUUGGGAAACGCGAUGAAUCUCCAAUACAGAAAAUUAAGGAGGAGGAUCAUGAGAAGACUCCCGUGGCUGAAGGUGCCAAAAGUAGUGCACAAUCGACAAUAUCACGAUUGGAGAGUAAAUAUUCGGAUAUAUUGGAUCGUGUGGCAAAGAGAAAGCGUCAACAGAAGGCCGAAGAGGAGGAUAAGGAGAAAACUUUGGAGCCAGAACGUCCUCUGACCUUCAAUCCAUUGGCUAAGAGUGCAACAUCGGCAGUACUUGGAGGGUAUAGUCAUUUGAGCCAUCAGCAACCGAAGGAACGGACACCAUAUCGAUUGAGUGGGAGAUCACAUCAUAGGAAUAAAUAUCUCGAUGGGAGUGACAGUGAAUUGACAAGAUCGAGAGAUUUGGGACUCUUGUCGGACAGAAAUGGCAUUGACUAUCGUACUCGCAAUAGAGCUGGUGAUUUGGAUGUUGGUGGUGGCAGUAGUCGAUAUAAAGAUACCAUUUAUGAUACGUACAAGAGUUCCUACAAAAAUACCUAUCAAGAUCCCGUGGCAAGAAGUCGGGAUUAUGGAUACUACGAUGGACGAUAUGACAAGGAAAAUGUCUUCAAGUCCAAAUAUGAUCCAGAUGCACUGUACUCUGAGAUCAACAACAAUGACUCACUGUAUGGGAGCAGUGGACUCAGGAAGAGACCCAUAAGAUCAUACAAAAGAACCGGUGAUACUCCUGGUGAGAGAAAACAUCUCACCAUGAGAGUGGAUCCAAUUGAAAGUGAUAGACCUACCUCUAGUCGUACCCUUACAACUGCCCGAAAGAGUUUGGGUGCCAAUGUCUUCCAGAGAUCCAAUACCCAGAGAUUCUUUGAUUUAGAGAACAAUGUGACUGAUUCCCCAGACUACAGUGAACGGGAAAAUCGUCGCAAAGAAAUUCAGAGUUUAAUUAUGAAAUAUGCUCAAUUGGAUGAUGUCUAUGGGCGAUCCAAUGAAACAGAUGAUCAAAUUAACAAUAAUACCGAAAGAAAAUUCAGUCAACUCCACAAGAGUGGUGAACUUUCUGAAAGUCAAUUGCCAGCCCUCCAAGUAGUGCCAAUUUUGCCACUCAAUAAAACUCAAAGUUCCAUGGCAAUACCCUCAAUGCGAUCCAGGAAGAAUCUCAUGACUUUCGUAAGAAUGAUUUAUUUUUUAAAAAAACAAAGAAAUGUUCCAAAAAGGCGUGUAACACAAACAAAAAAAGGAAUGUUUUUUAGUGUGUGCUAAAUUCUCAAUUUAUCU